AUGCAGAUUGGGCGGAGCGUGCAGCAGGCAAUCUCAAACGCCUCAUCUGCUGUCGUCGCCGCAACCGGCCAGAGAACUGGGGCCGUUGCUUCGGCUGUUCAGACUUCUGGAGCUUCGGAGACAAGUUAUGCGUCGGUGCUGUCGCCUCUUCUUGGCCUCAGUGCCCAGCAGUCGCCGCCCACUGCUGACAAGACGCCUUCCGCUGCGAAUCCCGAACACCUUCCCUCACCUGCCACUUCUUCAUGUGCUCAACCCUUGACAUCGUCGCCUCCUAAUCAGCAGUGUGCAGGUUGUGCUCCCAGUACCAGAGACGACGCCUGUCCCACUUUGGACGCUCCCAGACACACUGAAGAGCCUGGAAGCGAAGCGGGACAGCCGGGAGAGGAGACCACAUCCCGGCCUGCGGAUACUGCUUCUUCUUUGCAGCGGUCGUCCCCCUCUGUGUGUGAGGGCGACAGUAAUUCUCGUACCACUCGACGGGCAGAAGAUGCAUCCGCGCUUUCGCCCAGUCCAAAACUCGUCGUUGGAUCUUGCAAGGUUCCGGCCAAGUCUAGGGGUAACGGAGGAGGCAGGCAGACACAGGGAAGUCGCGUGAAUCCAUACGUCGCCUCGUAUUACCAGAAAGAACCGGGUGCAACCUAUCGACAUCGUGUAGGUGCAUCAACGGCGUGCUGUUCUCUUUUAUCGUCGCCAUGUGCUCCUUCUUUGCGUUCAUCUCCGCUUUUUGUGCAACCGAUUCCUCAGCGCCAGAUGUGUCGAACUCAGUUUGAUAGAAUGGGUUUAGCCGAGGGAAGAGGUCGUGUGGAAGAAGUCGAAAACUCGUGGUUUUUUAUUGACAUUUACGGCGGUGACAGCACCGUGGGCAGAGGUGCUCCCACGGACACCCAAUGCGGCACUCCGUUGUACCCUGUCGAUGAAGCACGCAGCGCAUUCACACCCUGCAUCGCUCCCGCCUCGUCUUGCGAUCGUCAACGUUCCUCCGAUGGGAAGGUACAGGGGCAACCAAGCGCAGACGUGGUGGAAGACGGGUGCAAAGAGACGACGUGGAAGGGUCUGAAGGCAGAAGACCACCAGGAACUGCGCCCAUCAUCGGGUGCAGGCGUCCCCCUACCGAGCGAAGGUAGAGGUGUGGUGACAAUGGAGACAAAGGGGAGUUGCCAAUUUCGGUAUACCGGAGAAGGAAGAGACGAGAGCUUGGUUAACAUUGAAAACAGGUCCUCAGGUCUUGUUCGAAUCAAUGACCCGAGUGAAAUUGGUGCCGAUGCUUCUCUGCUUGCAUCAACUCUAUCAUCUGAACUUAUUGACGAGUCUCAAGCUGGCUCUUUGGCGGCAGACGAAGAAAGGAUAGACACCGGAGCGCUGCCCGCCGACCGGUCUCUCUCUCGCACCAGGCACCCAGGGGCGAAAGUGGAACGAGACGACCUAGAGGCCCACGCAGGAAGUGCUGAGCGGGGAGCCAACAAUACAGCCGAGCGGGAUUUGUCAGCGGGGAAUAAUCGAGGGCUUUCGAUUGCCUCUUCUCUUCGCCGCCUCUUUGAGAAAGAAACUGAGACGCAAGAAGUUGCGCCUGGUGUGAAUACACCCAAUGACACAAUUGAGGACAGAGCCGCGACAGAGGCGAAUACGGAACGAGACGACAUCCGCUUUCUGGACCUGUUCUUGACUCCUCUUUCUCCUGAAGAGAAGCUCCUUUUAGCAGCGCGUAGCGCAACGGGCGGUGAUGUGAGAGAUGUGAGGGACGGCAAGCAGUCAGACGACGCCUUCCAGUUCACUGAUCCCGUAACGCGGUCGCCCUUUCCUUCCACGUUUUUUCCUGCUCUCACAGCCCGCUCGUUCUUGCCGCACUGCAGAUACACCAUGGCAUCGACAUGCCCAGAGAAUACACUGGGUGGAUCAAUUGCGGGUUACUGGAAGCACGGGACUGCCAAUCUGACGAGAACUGUGUGGAACAGAGAGAGGGACGCAGGAAGGCGCACGCCAGGGAGGCAUAGCAGAGCCCUCGAGGGCGUCACGUUCCACGUUCCCGCCGAAGACGCGGAAGAUUUUCUUGCUGUUCUGGAGGAAUCGCUUCCUUAUUCUUGGCACGACAUUGAAUCUGCUGUCGUUGAGGGUGAGUGCUGCGUUAGAAAGAAAGGGGAAGGUAGGAAGACGACGCUCAAACCUUUGACAGCCCUUGUGGUCGGGCGUCUUGUCUUUGUCCAGCUUCCAUCUUUUCUUUUCGAGUUUUUGGCGACGACAGAGAGCGCGGCCGCAGCUGCUGCCGCAACAGCUGAAGCCGUCGGCGUCUCUGCGGCUGGGCUUCUUCCCUCUCUCUGCUCUUUCGCGUCGUGCUUAAUUAUCUUCGGGGGUUGUGUUUACGCCCUCGUUCGAGGAGCAAAGGCCCUCCACAUGUCGCGGCGCGCGCAGCUCCUCACGUCUAUGAAGACAGAAGAGGCUGCCGAGAGGGGAGAGCGAAGAAAGCACGACGACUGCGGAGGAAGUGAAACGUACUUCUUGGCAGAGAGGGCGGAACGAGGUGAAGCUGGGGUAGAGGAGGGGACAGAUGCGUUCGAGCGUGUGAAAGAGAAGGGCCGAAGGAGAGAGGCCGCGGAAAGACGAGAUGUGAACGUCGGGGUAACAACGCAUGUGGGAGAGGAGGGGAUCAGGAACCCGACACCUGAAAGAGAGGAGUUCGAGGCAGAAAGUCGAAGAGACACUGAAGGGAAACAUGAACAGAAGGAACGAGGGUGGACGAAGAGUGUUGCCGUGAUCAGGCGAGAUCCAGAAAGGAAGUGGAAAGAAGAGGCCGCCGUGCGUGCAGGCGUGUGUUCUGAAGAAUGGAGAGGAUGCUUCUCUCCGUGA